AUGAUGGGAGUUGUGACUGAAGAAAAAUCCAAAACGAAAAAGGUUUUAACAAGGUCAGAGACUGAAAAACAAAGGGAAUACUGGCGAAGGAAACAGGCGGAAAGUCGUGAAAGGCGAAGCAGUCAAAAACAUAGAAGAUAUAAAGAGAAAGAUAGGCAUUACCGACAAGACAAAAGGAAUAAUACUGAAUCUCAUUUGAAAAGGGCACAAAAGAAGUUGAAUUUUCCAAAAGACCCUGAGGAAUUUGUUAACACGGUGGAGUAUCUUGUUCACAACAUCACACCAAGAAAGAGAAAAAUUAUGAAAGAGAAAAAUCUAUUGAAUACCCCUACAUCAAGAAAAAAGUUGGCGUUUUUUGAGAAAUCAUAUGAGGUGUUAAAGAACAGUAAUAAAAAGAAUAACAGUCACUUGGUAAAGCAAAAAAUCAUUAGAAACCUAUCAUUUUUGAAAAAGUACAGACUAAGUACAAUGCUUGCAAGAUUUUUAGGCGUAAGUGAUUCAUAUAUUAGCAAACAGUCUAUAGCUGGAAACAAAGCGAAACAGCUUAGGAGAGAUGCUACCAGUGAACAAAAUAAGAAAGUAAUUCAAGACUACUUUCAAAGGUGUGAUGUAUCCACAAAUCUUCCCACUGCAAAAAGAGUAAAGAAAGAUAACCAGGAACGACGAGUUUUGGAUAGACCACUAGCAGAGGUGUACAGACAGUUCAAGGAAGAUCAUGUGGAUGUGAAAGCAUCAUUUUCAACGUUCGUGAAAAACAAACCAAGCAAUGUACAGUCUACAAGAAAGCAGCCAUGGUUUGGUUGCUUGUGUGAGAGCUGUGCAAAUGUGGACUUGAAGCUAAAGGCUUUGGCACAAGUAGCUGCUAGAUCUGGUUCCACUAUUAAAGUGAAAGAUAAAUAUGAAGCAGUAGCUAUUACAUUGUGUGAAAAAGAUGAAGGAUCGGCGUUUCACAAAUUACAGUGCAUUCAGCGACAGUGCCUUCACUGUGGUUGUGAUGGUAUUGUGAGGUAUUACCAGCCUUUGGCGGAACAAAACUGUAUGGCCACUGUAGUAUACUCAAAGUGGGAGCGUGUUAAAAAACAGUACAAGGGUAAAGAAGUUACACAGAUCAUGCCCGUAUCCCAUACAGGUAGUGUCACUGAGGUGGUUUUGAACCUUUCAGAAGAGCUGAAGACCUUUGCUGAACAUUUGUUUGUUGCUGCAUGGCAACAGAAACAGUUCCUUAUGCUUCAGAAAAAUGUGCCAAAAUCCUGGGCAAUACUGAACAUGGAUUUUGCAGAAAACUAUACUUGUGUAGCGCAAAGAGAAGUUCAAAGUGCCCAUUGGAGCCACAACCAAGUUACAGUCCAUCCCACUGUGGCAUAUUACAGGUGCCAAGAAGAGGGCUGUGAAGAUAUAGUUACUGAACAUCUUAUUUUUGUGUCAGAUGACAAAGUACAUGAUGCAGCAGCAGUACAAGAAUUCGUUAAAUUAGCCAACCAGCAUCUCAUUCAAAAAAGAGGAGUCACCAUAUUAAAAGAAAUCCAACUUACUGAUGGAUGUUCAGCUCAAUAUAAAUCAAAGGUACCAUUCACUGACAUUUCUUGUAGUCAAGCAGAUUUUGGAUUUUCGAUUGAAAGACAUUUUUAUGGGUCUCGUCACGGAAAGGGUCCAUCAGAUGGAGCAGGUGCUGUAGUCAAGAGUGCAGUCAGAAGAGCAGUCAUGGGUGGGAAUGUGGUCGUCAAUGAUGCCAAUGAAUUUUUUGAAAUUGCAAAGCAAAAGCUCUCAAAAGAAGACACAGAUCACAAUGAACACUUUAAAAGGACAAUUUUUCUUGUGACCGACAUCAACCACGAUAGACCAGAACGAAGUGAUAAGUGCUGUAAAACUUUGAAAGGAACUCGCAAAGUCCAGGCUGUUCAAGCAGUAGACAAGAUGAUAAUUAAUACCAGAAAUCUAAUUUGUUUUUGCGAAUUCUGUAUCAAUGGAGUUGAACAAACAUGUGUGAACAGUAACUACGUACACGAAUGGAAGGUGAAUGACAUAAAAAAGCUUCAAAAGAUGUUCCCAGAAACAGAGGUAGAGCUAGACCUGCUAUAA